AUGUAUGGUGAGGAACUGUGGAGUCAAUGGAAAAGGGUAAAUGCUAUCGUUUUAUCAUGGCUGAUGAACUCAGUGUCAAAAAAUUUGCUCAGUAGACUUGCAUUUGCUUCAAGUGCAAUGGAUGUGUGGACUGACCUACAAGAGAGAUUUGAUAGAGUAAAUGGUUCAAGGACCUAUAGUCUGCACAAAGAAAUUGCAACUCUGCAGCAGGGAACAACUUCAGUUUCUGCGUAUUACACAAAGCUAAAGGCUCUAUGGGAUGAAUUUGAGGUGUUAGUACCUGCACCUUGUUAUAACUGUGAGAAAUCCAGAGGUUUUAUUGUUCACAUGAACAGACAAAGGUUAUACCAAUUUUUAAUGUGGCUAAAUGAUUCGUAUCAUCAGGCUAGGAGCCAGAUACUCAUGAUAGAUCCACUACCAACUGUUAAUCAGGCCUAUGCCAUGGUAGUAGGAGAUGAAAGUCAAAAGUCUGUUAUUACAGGCAUCAAUACUUUGGGCCAAAAUGCAUCCAUCUUAGAGUCAGCAGCAAUGUAUUCUAAAGGUGUGAUCAGCUCAGGUGCAAGUGUAGAGGCCACACUAAGAAAUACUGUUAUAAAGUUGUUGGAUAUCCACCAGACUUUAAGUCAAAGAGAAAGAUACAAAGUGUCUCAAAUUCCAGUCAGCAUCCUGCUCAUGCUCAUUUCUCUUAUGUCACAAGCAAGAGUUACUGCAUCUGAUGACAAUAAGGCAAACGCUGCAGGUAAAACACUAUUUGUCACUGAAAAUAGUAAUGUCUGGAUUGUAGAUACAGGUGCAACAAACCACAUGGUAUCAAAUUUGGAUAUGCUGAAAAAGGAGUCUAUGUUAAAGCUAGAUAUUCCUAAGGAGGAGCUUUACACUGGGAAGGUGAAGGAGGUUGGUAAAAAAGAAGGGGAUUUGUAUCUGCUGUGGAGACAAUUAUCUCAAAGCACCAGUAAAGAGUCUGCUCUUGUUGUUGAUUCAACUCAUCCCACAGACAAGGAUUCAACUACAGAAGUGAAGUUAUGGCAUCAAAGGCUUGGACAUGUCUCUUCAACAAAAUCAGAUAUUUGUAUAUCACUUCCAAUAUUUCUGAAGUAUGUUCAGAAUCAGUUUGGGAAGACUGUCAAAGCUAUAAGGACUGAUAAUGGUACAGAGUUUGUUAACUCAGUUUGUGAUCAUCUGUUUAAAGAACUAGGUGUCAUACAUCAAAAAUCCUUAAAUGGUGUUGUUGAAAGGAAACAUAGACAUUUACUUGAAGUAACAAGAGCACUAAGAUUUCAAGUUCUGCUUCUGCCCUUCACGCCGCCUUCAGCCCUUCAGCUUCACCGUGCCUUCACGUCGCCUUCAGCUCUUCAACUUCACCGCGCUGUCACGCCGCCAUCAGCUUCACCGCUUCACGCCGCCUUCACCUUCACCGCUUCACACCGCCAUUAG